AUGCAGUAUUCAAAGAGGAAACUCGUCCCGCCCAAUGGUGUGAUGAUGUGCCCCUACAGCAAGACGGAGGACGGCUUCGAGCUGCAGAUGGGCACAAACCACCUUGGGCAUUUCCUCCUAACCAACCUCCUGCUCCCUCUGCUCACCCACUCCGAGGAGGCGCGCGUGAUCACCCUCAGUUCUUUGGCCCAUUCCUAUGGCAUUAUUCCCUUCGACGACAUGACGUACGAAAAAGGCUUCGACCGCAACCAGUCGUACGCGAACAGCAAGGUGGCCAAUAUCCUGUUUACGCGCCAUCUUGCGAAGAAGGUCAAAGGCACGAAGAUCAAGGUCUUCUCUCUGCACCCGGGGGUCGUGCAGUCCAACCUCUGGAGGCACGUGGCGGGGACUUUCGCGUCCUCCUGGUACGCUGCGCUCAUCUCCAAGAGCAGCGUGGAAGGCGCUCAGACCACUCUGCAUUGCGCUCUUGAAGCAGAGCAGGAUGACUAUAGUUAUUACUUCAGUGACUGCGCGGCAGGUAUUGCUUCAGCAAUUGCCAGGAACGACAAGAUAGCCGAGCGACUGUGGCAGGUGUCGGAGAAGAUGGUUAAGCUUAAGUAAGAAAUUAGAGAAAUAGUAAGAGAGAGCGAGAGGAGAUUCGAAAAAGACCGGCAGACAAGGGCCUAAUCAGUUCUCUUACCAUUAGGCAGUGGCGUCUGAAUCCAGUGCUGUCAUUUUUCUAACUUCACUGAAUGUUUACAGUUAGAUCAGGCUUCAUGUUAACUGGCUUUGGAGAAGAGCAGGCGUCCUGUUCGUGUAUACAGAACUUGAAAUGUUCACUGAUCCCGAGGCAGCAUUGCCAGACGUACUCUCAGCGGAAAACAUAAGAGAAAACCGAUUAUUUUGGACAAUAAUGAUAAUGACAGUGAUGAUAAUAAUGCCAUAUUAAUGAAGCUAUUAGUAAAGAUUAUCAUUAUAAAAAUUAUGUUAAUAUUGAUGCUAAUAAUAGCAUUAAUAUUGAUGAUAAUAAUGUCAUUAACGUUGAUGAUAAUAAUAACAUUAAUAUUAAUGAUUAUAAUGACAAUAACUAUAAUAAUAAUAACUACAACAACAGUGAUAAUAACUGCAAAGAUACGGUCCUAGGGA